GUGACUGUGCCGCUGACGUCAGGCGACUUUUGGUUCAUACCCUGGCACGGGGACUUUAUUUUCAUAACAGCAUGCAGUGCCGCGGAACUGGAAUAGGCGUGUCCUCUCCCCCUGACCCUCUCCCGCCCCGUGUCCCUCUGCUCACCCCCUCGCUUGUUCCCUCCCUCCGGCGACGGCUGCCUUUAUAACCGCUCAGCGCUGCGAGGGCGGGAUAGCUGCCUGCGGGCUUCUCCAGCAGCUAGAGGCUCCGGUGCCGCCUCCGACGCGCGCGAAACAAGCAGCCCAAGUUCACGCGCCACGGCCAGGGCAGAAGGACCCUUGUGAAUUUUGGGAAGCCGAUCGUUGAAGCCACCCCUUCUCUUGAUGAGAGUGUCAGGCUGUCAGUCCCACAGCUCUCCUUCCCUGGCUGUCCUUUGAGUUGCUCAGGAACCUUGGGGCUGAUGGAAGUUGAAUAUCCAAUAACAGCCCACUUUCUGGCAACAACUAGAUAGGACCCAGGACCAGCAUGGCCACGACAUCCCCUAGUGGUUGCCGCUCAAGCCUGGACGUCAAGUACCACAGACUUUGUGAUACCACUCAAAUCUGGGGCAUUGUCCUAGAAGCGGUGGCCGCAGUGGGGGCUGUGACCUCGGUGGCCUUCAUGCUCGGUCUCCUGAUCCUCAUCUGCAAGGUGCAGGACUCCAACAGGCGAAAAGUGCUCCCGACCCAGUUUCUCUUCCUGCUGGGUGUGCUGGGCAUCUUCGGCCUCACCUUCGCUUUCAUCAUCCAACUCGAUGGCAGUACAGGGCCCACCCGCUUCUUCCUCUUCGGCGUCCUCUUCUCCCUCUGCUUCUCCUGCCUGCUGGCUCAUGCUUUCAACCUGACGAAGCUGGUGCGUGGGAGGAAGCCCCUGUCCUUGCUGGUGAUGCUGGGCCUGGCCGUGGGCUUCAGCCUGGUGCAGGACGUCAUUGCUAUCGAGUACAUCGUCCUCACCAUGAACAGGACCAACGUCGCCAUCUUCUCUGAGCUUUCUGCCUCUCGGCGCAACGAAGACUUUGUCCUGUUGCUCACCUAUGUCCUUUUCUUGAUGGCGUUGACCUUCCUCGCGUCCUGCUCCGUCUUCUGUGGAUCCUUCACUGGCUGGAAGAGACACGGGGUCCACGUCUUCCUCACCAUGGUUCUCUCCAUUGCCAUCUGGGUGACGUGGGUCACCCUGCUCCUGAUUUCUGCCCUUGGCCCCGAGUGGGAUGAUACCAUCCUCAGCUCAGCCUUGGUUGCCAAUGGCUGGGUUUUCCUGUUGGCUUACGUUGCGCCCGAGUUUCAGCUGCUCACGAAGCAACGGAACCCCAUGGAUUACCCUGUUGAGGAUGCGUUUUGUAAACCUCAGCUCAUGAAGCAGAGCUAUGGUGUGGAGAACAGAGCCUACUCUCAAGAGGAAAUCACUCAAGGCCUUGAAGAGCUAGGUGAUACGCUCUAUGCUCCCUACGCCACCCAUUUUCAGCUGCAGAAUCGGACCUCCCAAAAGGACUUCUCCAUUCCGCGGGCCCAGACUCGGACUAGCCCUUACAAUGACUAUGAAGGAAGGAAAGGCGGCAGUUAGCUGUUCCGAAGAGUGGGGCGAACACAGCAAGUCAGCCAACCAGGGGGGUGUUCAAAGGGAUGUGGGCUACACCCGGAGUCGCCUAAGGAAACCGUACAGAACCUUUUGGGACGAGCUUUCCUUCCCUUCUGGAGUUGCUGGGGGGCUAACAGGACGGCAGGUCACAGCACUCUAGGGUUUUUCCUUCGUCCCAUACUUAGGAUCCGUCUUUUAAGCGGGAGGGAGUCUCAGGCAAACUCAGGGUGUGCCCCUCACUGUGCCCAGUCAUUUCACAAGCCAUGAGAGCUCUGCUCAUCUGACCGCUUACUGGCGCAGUUAGCUGCAGGUGCCAGCCUUUCUAACUCAAGACGGGUUUUGUGAGGACCGCUUGGCCCGGAGCAGAAUGGCAAAUCUGAGCAAAAACAGCCAAGGCCUGUCCCUGCCGAAAUCUACACUGGAGACCAACUCACUGGCACCCUCCCUUCUCGCCUGGGUAGGGGAGGCUCAAGGUCACCCUAAACGUUCUCAUCUCUGGUGCUCCCACAGGACCCCUGUGGGUCCGCAGCACCAAUUCCCAGGUCACCAUGCCCAAACAUGCUGUCCAUCCCCAGACUGAAGCUCCCCUGUACGCUUCACCAGAAGUCCCUCUUCUGUAGCUCGCCAGCGGGGAGAAGCCCGAUUUCUCUUUGGCAGGAGAAUCUGUGCACUGUUCUUGCUAUAAACUCCUGGCACUGAUCCUUCUCUCGGCGCCUUGCUCCUCAGCUUCUGUAAAUAGCUCUGCAUUGUGUUCACCACCUGUGUCCCGCAAGAGGACAUUGUCCUCCAAAGGAGAGUGUUCCGUGUGUAAUAAGUUAUUCACUGUUCCUCACUUGGAGAUGCAAUAAAGAUACGGUGGCAACUCUU